AUGGCGGAGGGUGCCAGCGGUAACGCGGUGAAUCUUCCUCCCGGAGAUCCUCAGCUAAUUGGUCUCAUCGUGGAACAUCUCAAGAACCGAGGAUUGUUCGACGAGUUCCGCAGAGACUGCCUGGCAGAUGUGGAUACAAAGGUAUAUAGCGUUCAAAUGUUUCUGACUAACUAGCUAUCAACAUUCAUUUUACUCAGCUAGCUAGCAAGUUUACGCUUUGUGUCCAACACUGUUGUUAGCAUAGCUAACUAAUGUUAGCCUAACCUUAGCUAGCCAGUUGUGCUGGAAAUUUUCUCAGCUAAAUUGAUCAAUGCCGGUGUAUUUCUGUCAUUGUCGUCAGCCUGCCUACCAGAAUCUGCGACAGAAAGUUGACAACUUUGUAUCCACUCAUUUGAGCACUCAAGAAUGGAACCCAUCAAUCAACAAAAAUCAAGUGCGAAAUGGGCUAAGACAAAGCGUCGUGCAGUAAGUAGCUACAGUAAUUCAUAUGCUCAUAAUUCUGCUUGUAAGUGACAAAUGCAUUGCUGACAGUACAUAUAAGUUACAGAGAGCCUUUUUCUCUCAAGCCAAGGCUGGAAUGCAGUAGGUGCCAUCAGUUGUUUAUGCUGAUGCUACAGUCAUUAGUCAUCUGUACUGUCUCUGUGGUGUGUCAGGUCAGGCAUGCUGGAGUCUGGAGUGGACAGAAUCAUCACCCAGGUGGUGGAUCCCAAAUUGAACCACACAUUCAGGCCCCACAUUGAGGAUGCCAUUCAUGACUUCCUGUCUGCGGAGAAGAAGGAGGAGGGUCCAUCCAACACUCCAUCAGAGACCGAGCAACAAGAGGCUCCAAGCCACACUGGACCCAAAACGCCAUGA